UGCAUCAGCUACUCGCUCACGGAGACACAGCAAAACAACGUCAGCCAAGUGACAUCGUCCAUCCAUUAAGCCACCACCAACUUCUCAGUUCUCUUCGUGCGUUAACUUUUCUACUCUGCCUUGAGUAAUGGCGACCAUGGUGGCUUUGAGUUCCUUCGCCGUCGUCGGCCGGUCCGCCGCCCGCUCUCCAGUGGCGGCCCCGCGCCGGAGGACCCUCGUCGUCAGGGCCCAGACCGAGCCUGGCAUGGACUCAACCAAGGAGACAACGAGCGCAUCGACCUCCUCCUCCCCGAGCACGAGCCCGACCCCGACCCCGAUCCCGGCGGCACCCAAGCCCAUGGCCAAGAAGGCUAACCCCUCGGUCUGGGACGCGCUCGCCUUCAGCGGCCCGGCGCCGGAGCGAAUCAACGGCCGGCUGGCCAUGGUGGGAUUCAUGGCGGCGCUCUCCGUCGAGGCGGCGCGCGGCGGCGGGCUCCUCGACCAGGCCGGCAGCGGCGCCGGGCUGGGCUGGUUCCUGGUGACCGCGGGGGUGUUCUCCGUGGCAUCGUUGGUGCCGCUGCUGCAGGGCCAGAGCGUGGAGAGCAAGUCCAGUGGCUUCUGGAGCGCGGACGCCGAGCUCUGGAACGGCCGCUUCGCCAUGCUCGGCCUCGUCGCGCUCGCCGCCACCGAGUUCAUUACCGGCGCUCCCUUCGUCAACAUCUAAGACUACUUUAGCGCUGCGGAUUCUCUUUUCAUCAGCUAACAAAUCGUAAUAGUAGUACUAACUGUUGUAGCCACGUUUAUGUCAAAAGAAAAAUGUUGCAGCCACGUUGCCGUUUUGUACUAUCAGUGAUGGCAAUCUGUAAAUCUCAUGUUUACAUUGUUUUGAUGCUUCUUAAUAUUAAAUGUGCUUAGAAAUUAAAAAUAAA